AUGCGCGCUCCGUCCCCGCUCGUCCUCCGGGGCCUGGGCCCACGGGUUGGACCGCGUAGCUGUCGCCCAGAACACUUCUCUUUGCUCCAGAAUUUCACCCGAAUAUCGACCAGGACAGUCGCUAGCUAUACCCAUCCUCACCAUGCUUCUGCACUCUCCGUCCUCCCGUCUACCGUGGACACCUCCUCGCCUGAGUUCCGAGAGAACAGCCAGCAGAUGCAAGAGCUUCUCGACCGGAUGAGCAGUCUACAUGCCAGCAUCUCCCGGGGUGGCCCGCAAAAGUCUCGAGAUAAGCAUGUCGCACGAGGCAAAAUGCUCCCUCGAGAUCGCGUUUCAGCGCUGAUCGAUCCGGGCACGUCGUUCCUGGAGCUGUCUCCGCUAGCCGGGCAAGGGGUCUACGAGGGCGAAGACGUGCCCGCUGGCGGCAUCAUAACGGGUAUCGGGACGGUGGAGGGCGUUAACUGCAUGAUUGUUGCUAACGACAGUACCGUCAAGGGCGGCACGUACUACCCGAUCACGGUAAAGAAGCACCUUCGCGCACAGGCAAUCGCCCAGGAGAACCGGUUGCCGUGCAUCUACCUCGUCGAUUCCGGCGGCGCCAACCUGCCUCACCAGGCGGACGUUUUCCCAGAUCGGGACCACUUUGGCCGUAUUUUCUUUAACCAGGCUCGUAUGAGUUCGAUGGGUAUCCCCCAGCUCUCGGUCGUCAUGGGCCCCUGCACCGCCGGCGGAGCUUACGUCCCGGCCAUGAGUGACGAAACAAUCAUCGUGGAGAACCAGGGCACCAUUUUCCUGGCCGGACCGCCUCUUGUGAAGGCUGCAACGGGCGAGGUGGUGUCCGCCGAAGACCUGGGCGGCGGUCAGUUGCACUCGACAAUCUCCGGUGUGACGGACUAUCUCGCUGUGGACGACGCCCACGCGCUUAUCCUGGCCCGCCGCUCAGUGGCGAACCUCAAUUACCCUGUCACCCAGCUGCCGUCACAACUCGAAGCCGCAGCCAUCAAAGAGCCUGUCUACGACCCGGUCGAGUUGAACGGUAUUGUUGGCACGAACCUGCGCCGCCAGAUCCCCGCGCACGAAGUCAUCGCGCGCAUCGUGGACGGGAGUGAGUUUGCAGAGUUCAAACGGGACUAUGGGACUACGUUGGUCACGGGCUUUGCGAAGAUUCAUGGCCAUCGAGUCGGCAUUGUUGCUAACAAUGGUAUCUUGUUCUCCGAGUCCUCGCUCAAGGGGGCGCACUUCAUUGAGCUUUGCGCCCAACGACGCAUUCCGCUCGUUUUUUUGCAGAAUAUUUCUGGAUUCAUGGUUGGCGCUGAUGCGGAGAAGGGCGGUAUUGCGAAGAAUGGUGCUAAGCUUGUAACUGCUGUCGCUUGCGCCGAUGUGCCCAAGUUCACUGUUGUAUUUGGUUCUAGUGCGGGCGCAGGCAACUACGGCAUGUGUGGUCGGGCCUACUCCCCUCGUCUGAUGUUCAUGUGGCCGAAUGCCAAGAUCGGUGUCAUGGGCUCCGAGCAACUCUCCGCCGUAAUGGAGGCUGUUGGCAAGUCUGCCGAUCCAGCCUUGAAGGCUCGCAUCGAUCACGAGUCCGAGGCAAUCUUCUCGUCUGCACGUCUCUGGGAUGACGGCGUCAUCCCCCCGGCCCAAACGAGAACGAUGCUGGGCCUUGGCUUGGCCGCUGCUCUUGGUGGCAAAGAGGAGCCCGAUAUACAGACGCGCUUUGGAGUGUUCCGGAUGUAG